AAUGAAACCAACCAAGAAAUCAAAUUUGAGGGUGUCGAAAAGGAGGCGACGCGGCGGAUGCCGCCGUUCAAUGAUCUGCAAGCUGCUUAAAUCAUCAAAUGGAUGUCAAGUGGUUAAUGUGCAACCCAGAGGAGCUUAGGCUCCUCAUGUGUUAUGCCGAGACAUGAAGUGAACGGACCUUCAUCGUGAUGAUGACGACGAGGACAGCAUCCAGGAAGGAUAAAUCAAAGACGAAGUCCACAGUACACGCGAUGAUGAAUGAGGCCAAUAAAGAUGCGUUCAGGAGUGUCAACAGAAAGCCCGGCCUGCAGAUCUGGACCAUUAACAAGCUGCAGAUGGUGCCCGUGCCGGCCAGAAGCUUUGGCAACUUCUUUGAGGGCGAUUGUUACAUUGUUCUGCAUAUGAGUCAGAACAUGGGUGCGGCCGACAUCCACUACUGGAUCGGGAACACUUCGUCGCAGGAUGAGCAGGGAGCGGCGGCCGUCUACGUCACCCAACUGGACGAGCACCUGGGCGGUGCGCCGGUGCAGCACAGGGAGGUGCAGGGCCACGAGUCGGCCCGCUUCAGGGGCUACUUCAAAAACGGCAUCAUCUACAAAAAGGGUGGCGUGGCCUCAGGUUUUGACCACGUGGAAACCAACGCCUACAACGUCCUGCGCCUGCUGCACGUCAAAGGGCGGAAGCACGUCACGGCCUCGGAGGUGGAGGUGUCAUGGAAAAGCUUCAACACAGGCGACAUCUUCCUUCUGGACAUGGGCAAAGUCAUCGUACAGUGGAACGGAGAAAAAAGCAACAGAAGAGAGAAGCUAAAGGCCACCUUGCUGGCUCAGGAGAUCCGGGACCGGGAGCGAGGCGGUCGGGCUCAGAUCGGCGUCGUGGAGGGCGGAGACGAGCGCGAGUCGCCCGAGCUGAUGAAGACCAUGACGGAGGUGCUCGGCCAAAGGAGCGGCCCGCUCAAGGCCGCCGUCCCCGACGACGACUCCCGCAAGGCGCACAACGCCGGCGUGAGGCUCUACCAUGUUUAUGACGUCAGUGGGAAUCUGGUGGUUCAAGAGGUGGCUACGCAGCCACUAACCCAAGACCUCCUUCGGUCCUCUGACUGCUACCUCUUGGACCACGGGGGCUCCAGCGUGAUGGUGUGGAAAGGAAAACACGCCUCCAAGGAGGAGAGACAGGGCGCUCUGAACCGGGCGGUGGGUUACAUCAAGGCCAAGAAGUACCCGGCGAGCACCAGCGUGGAGGUGAUGUGCGAGGGCGGCGAGUCGGCCGUCUUCAAGCACCUGUUCAAGGAGUGGAGGGACAAGAAUCAAACGCAGGGACUGGGCACCACGCACACCCUGGGCAAGAUAACAAAGGUAGACCAGGUGAAGUUCGACGUGCUGGAGCUCCACGCUCGUCCCGAGCUGGCGGCGCAGCAGCGCAUGGUGGACGACGCCUCGGGGGAAGUCGAGGUGUGGCGCAUCGAGAAUUUGGAGCUGGCGGAAGUCAACCCGAGAACGUACGGACAGUUCUACGGCGGCGACUGCUACUUGGUGCUGUACACGUAUCGCGUAUCAAACAGGGAGCAGCACAUUCUCUACAUGUGGCAGGGGCGUCACGCCACCAAUGACGAGGUGACGGCGUGCGCCUAUCAGGCCGUGCACGUGGAUGCCAAGUACAACGGCGCCCCGGUGCAGGUCCGUGUGGUCAUGGGAAAGGAGCCCCGCCAUUUUCUGGCCAUCUUCAAAGGCAAACUUGUCAUCUUUGAGGGUGGCACCGGUCGACCCGGCGUGGUCAACCCCGUGGGCGGUGCCAGGCUCUUCCAGGUUCGAGGGACUAACGAGCUGAACACCAAGGCCACCGAAGUGCAGGCCAGGGCGUCAUCCCUCAACGCCAAUGACGUCUUCCUGCUCAAAAGCGACCACUCGUGCUACCUGUGGUACGGAAAGGGUUGCAACGGGGACGAGAGGGUGAUGGGCAAAGCCAUUUCUGACGUGCUCUCGAAGCAGGACAAGCAGGUGGUGAUGGAGGGUCAGGAGCCUGCUGAUUUCUGGGUAGCCCUCGGAGGGAAGGCCCCCUACGCCAGCGACAAGAGCUUCCAGAAGGAGGAGCCUCUUCACAGCCCUCGCUUGUUUGAAUGCUCCAAUCAGACGGGUCAGUUUCGGAUGACCGAAGUGGACGACUUUGCGCAGAGCGACCUAGAUGAGGAGGACGUCAUGCUGCUGGACACCUGGGAGGAGAUUUUCCUGUGGGUGGGAAGCUCCGCGAACCAGGACGAGACCAAGGAGGCGUGGAACUCUGCCCGCGAGUACCUGCGCACCCACCCGGCGGGCCGCGACACCGACACGCCCGUGGUCUCCGUCAAACAGGGCUUCGAGCCCCCCACGUUCAGCGGCUGGUUUCACGCGUGGGACCCUCACAAGUGGAGCGCGGGGAAGUCCUACGAGCAGAUGAAGGAGCUGAACAACGACGUGUCGCUCUCACUGAUCAAUGUUAACCUGAACAACACCACUUUGAAUUCAAGCGGGGGUGGUUACCAGGCUCCCGGAGGCCCCAUGAGCCCCCCUCCAUUCUACAGGGGCCAUUUUGGGGACUCUUCCCCCCACGCCACCAGCCCGACUACAUCCCACCCGUCCUUCACGCCCCCCGGGAAGCACGUGGCCCCCGAGCUCCUCAUCAACAAGCCCGCCUCGGAGCUUCCUCCAGGCGUGGACCCCUGCCACAAAGAGAACUUCCUGUCGGAUGACGACUUUGAACGGCUGCUCGGAAUGGGCCGCUUAGAAUUCCAGCGCCUGACAAUUUGGCGGCAGAACGAGCUGAAGAAGAAGGCGGGACUGUUUUAAUGCCGUCGAACCUUUUUGAACCAGAUUGAAACCCGCGAUGAAAAGUUUUUACACCCCUGGUUAAAACCAUAAAUACACCACAAACUAUGAAAAAAGUUUAAAUUUAAUUUUUUAUUUAUCACUUCAAAAUACUUCCUUGGCACCAAUUACUGGACUACUUUCCUAUUUAGACAAGACUAUGGCAGCAUCUUGUAGCAAGAGCACAAAAAAAUGCAAAUAGAUGAAAAACUGAACAUAAUUUCCACAUAAAAUAAUAAUAAUUUGUGAAUAGCAAAUAGUGAAUAAAAAUAGUGCAUAGGCGGGGCUUCACUGUUUUUCAUUAUUUAUUCAUUUAUGUCAUUAAACAGUUUAUUGAUAUUGUAAAUGAUCAAAUAAAAAUAUUAGUAAAACAUUUUUUUAAUUAAUUAUAGGUAAAUUAAUCAUAAGUCUAUAACUAUUUUACAAAUUUAUUUUGUACCUCAUUUAUGAUGUUGGCGGCACGGUGGAAAACUGGUUAGAGCGUCUGCCUCACAGUUCUGAGGACCGGGGUUCCAUCCCCGACCCCGCCUGUGGGGAGUUUCCAUGUUCUCCCCGUGCCUGCGUGGGUUUUCUCCGGGCACACCGGUUUCCUCCCACAUCCCAAAAACAUGCAUGGUAGGUUAAUUGACAACUCUAAAUUGCCCAUAGGUGUGAAUGUGAGUGUGAAUGGUCGUUUGUUUGUAGGCGCCCUGCGAUUGGCUGGCAACCAGUUCAGGGUGUACCCCGUCUCCUGCCCGAUGAUAGCUGGGAUAGGCUCCAGCACGCCCGCGACCCUAGUGAGGAGAAGCGGCUCAGAAAAUGGAUGGAUGGAUGGAUAUAUGAUGUUUCCAUUUUAAAAUUCAAAUAUGGCUGUUGCACACAAACGUUUGCCCACCUCUUGUUUAUAAUGAAAAAAAAAAUCAUUCUCAGCUGAAAAAGUAAUUUAAUACCUAAUUUAAUGUAUUUUAUAUACAGGGUCUCUGCAUGUUUAGGGAAGGAAAUAGGACCACUCGGAAUGGGCGACUGCAGGGCUCAAUCUUAUACCAUGUUAAAAGAUUUGCAACCCUAUUAUUUUGUUUAUGUAUAUAAUCUAAUAAGUAUUACAAAAAUCAAUCAUGGGAAGUGACGGUGAUUGCCUCCGUUCAUGGAUGAAUGUUUUAAUCUUCCAGGGAACUACUGCCAUGUGAGUUCCGGUGGGGGUGAUGAUGUAUAAUUAAGGCAAUCUUUUGCGUGUGCAGAGUGACAACAUUUCUACUCAUUAGUGAAUGAUGCCCUCUGUUGCUAACAAAAACAGUGGCACCUCAACAACUGCAAUCAUAUUAUAUUGUACUGUAUUCAAUACUGAUGAAAAUCAACCACAGGAUGUAAUUCUCAUUACUUCAGUUCACGGAUGGCAGCAGUCACGUUCCACCGAGCCCAUUUAAACUUAGUUUCUAACCAGAACAGCAGCACUUAAUCAGUGUUGCAGACAAAUUAAAGUGUGGAGUCUUAACUGCAUGUUGAAAAGGGCUUUCCCUGUGCUGUUGUAAAGACGAUCGUUGACACGUGGUUGGGGAACGUUGAAGCUGAAACCAGCUGAACUCUGGCACUAACCAAAUAAGUGGCAGGUAAACAACAACUGCAAUCAUAUAACUGUAUGUUGAUGUACUGUAAUAAAAAAUACAAACCAAAAAAAAAAAACUGCCAACAGAA